GACGACACAUACGGCAGCGCAGAAGAUGGAUCCAUCUGGAGGUCGCGGCUAUGGAGGGCAGUAGAGAGGGCGGAUGUGCGUUGUUGACACUGCUUGAGCUUCAGGCCAUGGCGGCAGCCGUGUCGACGGUUGUUCUUCGAUGUCGGCAGGAGAGGGUGCUGGGACGAAUGAAGGAGCAGUUGCGCGCACGUAGAAGAAGAACAUUGACACAAGCUCCAGAUGAUGGCCCCGACUAUGUGGCGACCUCGGAGGUUGUCAUUCAACUGUGCUACACGUUGGGUUGCGGAGCGAUUCCCCGAGCGACGCCGAAAUGGUGGAUGAAGCGCAGGACUGGAGGCAUGUGGGAAGACCUCAGGCAAUGUGACAACGCGACAGACGACUACUUCCGGGAGAAGCUACGCAUGUCGCCGCGAGUGUUCCGAGAAAUCAUGAAGGCAUGUGCGCCUCAUCUUCAGCGGCGGGCGACGUUCUACGAGGAGCCUUUGCAACCAUACCAGAUUGUUGCGUACGCUCUAUACAGGUGGGCGUCGAGGGAGACGUACGAGAGCAACACGUGCAACUUCGGAAUUGGUAGAGCUUCUGGCCUGGUUGCUGCCCGUGACGUGACUGCCGCGCUGCUUCGAGUGUACAGAGAGAAGAUUGCCUGGCCGACAGGAGUUUGCAAACUCGUCGUUCUGGGGGUGUUCGCUGAUAAAGGGUUCCCCAAUUGCCACGGUUGCAUUGACUGCACUCACAUAUACGUGGACAAGCCAGCGAACGCCCCGAGCGAAAACUACUAUGACAGGAAGUGACGUUUCUCCAUCGUCACGCAGGUUGUCGUCGACCUUGACUUGCGUGUACUCGAUGUGCACAUGGGAUACCCGGGUAGCUACCACGACA